AUGGGAUCAGAUCGGAGAUGGAUGUAUGCUAGGUUAAAAGAUGGCCUAUUGACCUCAGAAUUCAUAGAAGGUAUUGAACAAUUCAUAACAUUUGCUAAGCAACAUCCAAAGUGGAUGGAUGGGGAUAAACUGAAGUGUCCAUGUAAUCAUCGAAAGUGUCAGAAUCGUAAUUAUGUUGAUGAGAAUACAAUUCGGUUACAUUUGAUGAAGCAUGGAUUUGUGUCAUAUUAUUAUAAAUGGAUUCUACAUGGGGAACCCCGCACAAGUAAUAUUGAUAGUCAAAACAUAAAUGUUAUGAUAGCGAAGUCUGUUCAAGAGGUUGAUAAUAGCACAAGCAAUACAUAUGAGCAAAUGGUAAUAGAUGUAGCAGGUCCUAAUUUCUUUCAGGAUGUAAUGGAGGAGCCUCCAAAUCCAUCAGCUCAAAAAUUGUAUGACAUGUUACAAGCUGCUAAUCAAGAGGUGUGGCCAGGUUGUGAAAGCCAUUCGCAGCUCUCAGUUGUUGCAAGGAUGUUGAACAUCAAGGCUGAACAUCAUUUAUCAGAAAGGUGUUUUGAUGACAUUUGUCAACUUAUGAAAGAGGUGUUACCGGAUGAAAAUUUAAUGACUGAAAACUUUUACAGUACAAAGAAGUUGGUCCAAGCAUUGGGCCUACCUAUUGAGAAGAUUCAUUGUUGUACUAAUGGAUGUAUGUUAUAUUGGGCUGAAGAUAGUGAGUUAACGAAUUGCAAAUUUUGUGACCAUCCACGGUUCAAACGACAUAGUCGAGGCUCUUCUAAUUUUCAAACCAAUGUCCCACAUAAGAAAAUGUACUACUUUCCUCUCACACAGAGAUUGCAAAGAUUAUAUGCUUCGAAUGCAACAGCAAAAGAAAUGAGAUGGCAUGCUGAGCAUAACCAUGAAGAUGGGGUAAUGCGUCAUUGUUCAGAUGCAACUGCAUGGAAGCAUUUUAAUAAAACACAUCCUUCAUUUGCUGCUGAGGUUCGGAAUGAAGAGUAUAUGUUCCUAACGGUAAUAGUUCCUGGUCCGAGAAACCCAAAAGACAAAUUGGAUGUGUACUUACAGCCCCUUAUUGCAGAGUUGAAACAGUUGUGGGAAGUUGGAGUUGAGACAUAUGAUGCAUCAAAGAAGAAUAAUUUUAAUAUGAGGGUUGCGUUAUUAUGGACAAUAAGUGAUUUCCCUGCAUAUUCAAUGUUAUCCAGUUGGAGCACAGCAGGCAAGACUGCUUGUCCAUAUUGUAGGGGCGAUUCAGAUGCAUUCACAUUGACAAAGGGUGGUAAACAAUCAUGGUUUGACAAUCACCAUAUGGGUGCAUAUGAGAAUAACAGUUGCAAAGCAAAAAACACGGGUUGGAAGAGACGGAGCAUUUUUUGGGAUUUUCCAUAUUGGAGUACUAACAUGCUUCGCCACAACCUGGAUGUCAUGUAUAUAGAGAAAAAUGUAUUUGAAAAUAUUUUUAAUACUGUGAUGAAUGUUGAAGGGAAGACGAAGGACAAUGCAAAAUCAAGGGAAGAUUUGAAAGAGUUUUGUCACCGACCUGAGUUAGAGAGGGAUAUGGCAACAGGAAAGUAUCCUAAAGCAUGUUACACAUUAGACAAACAAUCAAAAGCAGUGUUGUGUGAAUGGCUUAAAAAUCUUAGAUUCCCAGAUGGUUAUGUGUCAAACAUGGGUAGGUGUAUAGACAUGCGAAAACUAAAGUUGUUUGGGAUGAAAAGCCAUGAUUGUCAUGUCUUUAUGCAAAGAUUACUCCCAAUAGCAUUUAGGGAAUUGCUUCCAAAAAAUGUGUGGCAAGCAUUGACCGAAUUGAGCAAUUUCUUUAGAGAGUUAACUUCAACAACACUUAGAGAAGAAGUCAUGUUACAGCUCAAUGAAGAGAUUCCUAUAAUAUUAUGUAAACUAGAGCGUAUAUUCCCUCCAAGUUUCUUUGACUCCAUGGAACAUCUCCCAGUGCAUUUGGCUUAUGAAGCAUGGAUUCUUUGGUCUGUGCAAUAUCGGUGGAUGUAUCCAUUUGAGAGGUAA